AUGUCUACUCAAGUGUGGGCUAGUCCAAAGGUCGAGCGUCGAUGCAAAGCUGAGGCUCAGAUCAGGUCACUAAACAACGCUUACAAAUGGCUUUCAGUUGAUGUGCUGGUGGGAAUGUGUGUACUUAUAGAAUUUUAUGUUCAACCAAUUUUCCGUCUGUUCUCGUUCCCUUUGGGAUGGAUGUCUUCUUAUGAAAAAUUAAUAUUAUCAUCUUUUACUCUCCUCAUUGCCUGCAUUUCAUACCAUGUAUUCGUGAUAAUAAGUUCAGCGUUAAUCCGAAGAAUGGACGCAGGUAAUUCUCACAGUCAGUCAGCUUUAAGAUUUCACUCAUCACCUUUAAACAAGUCACUCGUUGGUCCUUCUAUGUUCUGCUCCAGUUUAUUGAAGGACAGUUUAGACAUCAGUUCUUGUGGAGCUACCUUUGGAAACUCAUCAUAUGAAAUCACCAGUGGAUCUCCUGUUAGAUCUGCAGUUCCCUAUGUAGAUGUUGGUAUUCCACAGUCUGUAAAUGAAAAUCAACCUAUUUGGAAACAAUCAACAAUUGGUACGGUGUCACCACAGCAUAAUCAGUCCCAUAGUAAUUUAUCACAGCCACACUGUGGAUCUUUCCGGGUUUCGGGAAGUCCGGGUGUUCAAGAAAAUCUUUCUCUUUUGGAUUUGGCCCUCAGUCCAAUUGUGAAUUCUGGACUUGGCUCGGUGUUGCCACCUUUUAGUAGCGGAGAGGCUCCUGGACAGAGUUCAGGGAACAUGCGUCGUUCUGUCACUUGGUCUUCUCCAUUUUUAACAUCAGGGACAUCCCCACGAUACCAAUAUCAGGCUGCUUAUAUUCAACCUACUAAUCCUUGCCAGCAAUACUUGAAUGAUUCACAAAAAUCUUUAUCUGGACCAGCCUUUAUUCCAAACAGUAUAACUCCCGAUUCUGGGAAAAGUGAUCGUGAAAUUAACGAACGAUCUGAAGAUGAGUAUUGGAUUGAAAAUCAAGUUAGUAAAAGCGAUUUAGAUCGUUGGACUCUAAAUCUUCGAAAGUGGCUUCAUGGUACAAUCAUUCGACGUAUUGUCAAUGAAAUUGACACAAUUAAUCGAAAUCUUGAAGAAGCUGGUGGCGAUAAAACUCUUAUUGGAUCCACUAGUUUAGCUACCCUUCAACAAUUCUCCUCUCUUAAAUAUCAAUACUUACCAACACUCCCAGUAUUGUUGGCAUUUUUAGAUUUUAUGAAAGAUCAAGGAUAUUUGGUUAAUCGAUUACAUGAAUUAGCUAGAGAAAGCUGUCUUCAAGAGUUUCGUUGGGAUUCUGGAUCAAAAAGUACUGAAUGGCCAUGGAAAGAACAUUUACCAUCUGAUAGUAUUAUUCUGUUACAUUUGUUUGCUACUUAUAUGGAUACGCGUAUGCCACCGCAUCCCAAAUGUUUAUCUGGUCGUGUGUUCAGUCAAUUGAAUGUUGUUCGACUUCCAGAUAAGCCUGAUUUGAAAAGUAAACAUAAUUGUCAAUUUUAUCAAGUUGCUGUACAACCGCCUCAAUUUAAAUUAGUAUUAAAUGGAAGAAUCUACAAUUUUAUAUCAGGUCAAAAAAAUAUCUACCAUGCUAUUUUAUUAUUCUUUCAUUAUUAUGUAACAAGGAAUGGAAAGUUCAGAUCUGUUUCACUUGGUCCAUCAGGUUUAAACGUUACAUGGAUAUUUUCUAAAAAUUGA